AUGUGGGAGUGGAAGGGAGUGGGCACUGCGUGCGGGGCGGGGAUCCGCAAGGGGCUAGCGGGCUUCUUUCGCGCGGACCAGCACGUGGACCGAGCUCCCGGGGAUGGAGGAGUGAGAAAGCAGGGCAGGAGCUGCCCGGGUCCCCAGACGCCCUACUCGGCGGGGUCCCACGCCCCCCCACGGAAGAAGCCACGUACCCUGGCCUCCCCUCUGGGAAACCUCAACGGGCUGACCCCGGCCCUUCUUAAGCAGUGGCCUCUACAUCCGAUCCCUCCAGCCGUACCCCCAAUUAGCCCCCCUAAGCCCCAAGCGCCCUACACCCACCUCGGGCCCGAAGAAUUAAGUCCUGCUGAGUCCCCCAGCAACGCCUCCCACUCGUCCAGAUGUUCGGGCCCCCACCUGCGGCUCCGCAUCCCAGUCCUGCGCCCCACCCACGUUUCACACCGCCCCCCUCUGCCCCGGGCCCCUCCUUCCCCAGGGCCUCCACCCGGCCUGCACGAGCUUCCUCGCUGCUUCUUCCCAGAGGCCUCCAGUCGUAACCUGGUGACCCUGCGAGUGGACCCCAACGGCUUCUUCUUGUACUGGACAGGACCUAACAUGGAGGUGGACACACUUGACAUCAGUUCUAUCAGGGACACACGGAUGGGCCGUUAUGCCCGCCUGCCCAAGGACCCUAAGAUCCGGGAAGUGCUGGGUUUUGGGGGCCCCGAUGCCCGGCUGGAGGAGAAGCUGAUGACGGUGGUAGCUGGGCCCGACCCAGUGAACACAACAUUUUUGAACUUCAUGGCGGUGCAGGAUGACACAGCCAAGGUCUGGUCUGAGGAGCUGUUCAAGCUGGCUAUGAACAUCCUGGCCCAGAAUGCCUCCCGGAACACCUUCCUGCGCAAAGCAUACACGAAGCUGAAGCUGCAGGUGAACCAGGAUGGACGGAUCCCAGUCAAGAACAUCCUGAAGAUGUUUUCAGCAGACAAGAAACGGGUGGAGACCGCGCUGGAGUCCUGUGGCCUCAAUUUCAACCGGAGUGAGUCCAUUCGUCCUGAUGAGUUUUCCUUGGAAAUCUUCGAGCGGUUCCUGAACAAGUUGUGUCUACGGCCAGACAUUGACAAGAUCCUGCUGGAGAUAGGUGCCAAGGGCAAGCCGUACCUGACGCUAGAACAGCUUAUGGACUUCAUCAACCAGAAGCAACGGGACCCGAGACUCAACGAAGUGCUGUACCCACCCCUGAGGCCCUCCCAGGCCCGGCUGCUCAUUGAGAAGUACGAGCCCAACCAGCAGUUCCUGGAGCGAGACCAGAUGUCCAUGGAGGGCUUCAGCCGCUACCUGGGAGGGGAAGAGAAUGGCAUCCUGCCCCUGGAAGCCCUGGACCUGAGUGCAGACAUGACCCAGCCGCUGAGUGCCUACUUCAUCAACUCCUCGCACAACACCUAUCUCACGGCGGGGCAGCUGGCCGGGACCUCGUCGGUGGAGAUGUACCGCCAGGCGCUGCUGUGGGGCUGCCGCUGCGUGGAGCUAGACGUGUGGAAGGGGCGGCCGCCCGAGGAGGAGCCCUUCAUCACCCAUGGCUUCACCAUGACCACCGAGGUGCCCCUUCGUGACGUGCUCGAGGCCAUUGCAGAGACCGCCUUCAAGACCUCGCCUUACCCCGUCAUCCUCUCCUUCGAGAACCACGUGGACUCGGCAAAGCAGCAGGCCAAGAUGGCCGAGUACUGCCGCUCCAUCUUUGGGGACGCGCUGCUCAUCGACCCCCUGGACAAGUACCCGCUGGCCCCAGGCAUCCCCCUGCCCAGCCCCCAGGACCUAAUGGGCCGCAUCCUGGUGAAGAACAAGAAGCGGCACCGGCCCAGCGCAGGCGUCCCCGGCAGCUCCGUGCGCAAGCGGCCGCUGGAGCAGAGCAACUCGGUGCUGAGCGAGAGCUCCGCCGCCACCGAGCCCUCCUCCCCGCAGCUCGGGUCCCCCAGCUCUGACAGCUGCCCAGGCCUGAGCAAUGGGGAGGAGGCGGGGCUGGAGAAGCCCAGCCUGGAGCCUCGCAAGUCUCUGGGUGAGGAGGGCCCAAAUCGGGGUCCUGAUGCUCUGGGACCUGCUGACCGUGAGGAUGAGGAGGAAGACGAGGAAGAGGAGGAGCAGACAGACCCCAAAAAGCCAACCACGGAUGAGGGCACAGCCAGCAGUGAGGUCAACGCCACUGAGGAGAUGUCAACGCUCGUCAACUACAUUGAGCCUGUCAAGUUCAAGUCCUUCGAAGCUGCUCGAAAGAGGAACAAGUGCUUUGAGAUGUCAUCCUUCGUGGAGACCAAGGCCAUGGAGCAGCUGACCAAGAGCCCCAUGGAGUUUGUGGAGUACAACAAGCAGCAGCUCAGCCGCAUCUACCCCAAGGGCACCCGUGUGGACUCCUCCAACUACAUGCCCCAGCUCUUCUGGAACGUAGGCUGCCAGCUUGUCGCACUCAACUUCCAGACCCUGGAUGUGGCGAUGCAGCUUAAUGCAGGCGUGUUUGAGUACAAUGGGCGCAGUGGGUACCUGCUCAAGCCCGAGUUCAUGCGGCGGCCGGACAAGUCCUUUGAUCCCUUCACUGAAGUCAUCGUGGAUGGCAUCGUGGCGAAUGCCUUGCGGGUCAAGGUGAUUUCGGGGCAGUUCCUGUCUGACAGGAAGGUGGGAAUCUACGUGGAGGUGGACAUGUUUGGUCUCCCUGUUGACACGCGGCGCAAGUAUCGCACACGGACCUCACAGGGGAACUCGUUCAACCCCGUGUGGGAUGAGGAGCCCUUUGACUUCCCCAAGGUGGUGCUACCCACGCUGGCUUCGCUUCGCAUUGCGGCCUUUGAGGAGGGCGGCAAGUUUGUAGGGCACCGGAUCCUGCCUGUCUCGGCCAUUCGCUCAGGGUACCACUAUGUCUGCCUGCGGAAUGAGGCCAACCAGCCCUUGUGCCUGCCGGCCCUGCUCAUCUACACUGAGGCCUCUGACUACAUCCCUGAUGACCACCAGGACUACGCCGAGGCCCUGAUCAACCCCAUCAAGCACGUCAGCCUGAUGGACCAGAGGGCCAGGCAGCUGGCCGCCCUCAUUGGGGAGAGCGAGGCUCAGGCAGGCCCAGAGACGUGCCAGGAGAGCCAGUCUCAGCAGCUGGGGACCCAGCUAUCCCUAAACCCCACACCCAGCCCACUGGACACCUCCCCCCGCCGGCCUCCAGGCCCUGCCACCACCCCCACCAGCACCUCCCUCAGCAGCCCAGGGCAGCGGGAUGACCUCAUUGCCAGCAUCCUCUCAGAGGUGGCCCCCACCCCCCUGGACGAGCUCCGAGGCCACAAGGCUCUGGUGAAGCUCCGGAGCCGGCAGGAGCGAGACCUGCGGGAGCUGUGCAAGAAGCACCAGCGCAAGGCGGUCACCCUCACCCGCCGCUUGCUCGAUGGCCUGGCCCAGGCCCGGGCCGAGGGCCGCUGCCGGCACCAGCCAGGUGUCCUAGGCGGGGCCACUGAUGUGGAGGACAUGAAAGAGGAGGAGGAAGAGGUGAAGCGGUAUCAAGAGUUCCAGAACAGACAGGUGCAGAGUCUGCUAGAACUGAGAGAGGCCCAGGCGGACACAGAGGCUGAGCGGAGGCUGGAGCACCUGAAACAGGCUCAGCAGCGGCUCAGGGAGAUCGUCCUGGAGUCCCAGGCAGCUCAGUGCAAGAGGCUGAAGGAGAUGAAUGAGAGGGAGAAGAAGGAGCUGCAGAAGAUCCUGGACAGGAAGCGCCACAACAGUAUCUCGGAGGCCAAGACAAGGGAGAAACAUAAGAAGGAGGCAGAACUGACAGAGAUUAAUCGUCGGCACAUCACCGAGUCGGUCAACUCCAUCCGUCGGCUGGAGGAGGCCCAGAAGCAGCGGCACGAUCGUCUCAUGGCUGGGCAGCAGCAGGUCCUACAGCAGCUGGCAGAAGAGGAACCCAAGCUGCUGGCCCAGCUGGUCCAGGAGUGUCAGGAGCAGCGGGCCAGGCUGCCACAGGAGAUCCGUCAGAGUCUGCUGGGAGAAAUGCCAGAGGGGCUGGGGGACGGGCCCAUGGUGGCCUGUGCCAGCAAUGGUCACGCGCCUGGGAGCAGCGGGCACCUGUCUGGCGCUGACUCAGAGAGCCAAGAGGAGAACACACAGCUCUGAACUGGCUGAGCAAGAGGUGGCCACAGGGCCAGGGUGCGCACCGGGCGAGGGCAGGAGGCAAAGACACUAAAGCAUUUUUUUUUUUAAAACAUUUUAUCUUUAGAAAUUUUAUUUUUUUAAACCUGGGGCGAGUACCCCAUGCUAACUCCCUUCUGGGGCCCUGUCAGGCCUCAGCUUCUCCUUCCUGCCCUUGGUCCUAGGGAAGGGCCUUUUGAUGAUGCCCACACCCCAGAAGGGGUGGCCUCUCCCUCACUUCCCAGGGAGUGCUGCUGGGUGGAGACCUGCUGCUGGAGCUCUGGGAACAGGGGUCAGAUUCUUUCUUUUCUUUGGGGAGUUUUUUACAUGAAUAAAAGUGGAUUUCAGGGA